AUGAGGGAACUCAUCCUGAACGCUGAAGAGAAUGAAUACGAAGAAGGUGUAGUGCCAGAGAUGAAAUUUGUGUUGACCAAGGAAGACAUAACAGAGACUGGAGCACCAGCUACUCUGUUGGUUUUCAAUAAUGAAGUUGGCUUUUCCAGGGAGAACAUGGAUUCCAUUUGCGGCAUAUUCCAUUCUACAAAGAUGGAAAAGAGACAGCAGAGGUUAAUUGAAGAGAACGGAAGCGGAUUCAAAAGUGUAUUUUUUGUGAGUUCACAGCCUUACAUUUUCAGCAAUGGAUAUCGUGUUAGAUUCCAGGAAGAACCAGAUCAAGAUUGUGGUAUUGGGUAUAUAGUUCCCCAGUGGGUGAGUGGACAUCCUUCUCUUUCUAGCAUAUAUGAUGUGUAUGGGCUCAGUAAUGCCUACGCUGCAACCACAGUUAUCCUUCCUCUAAAGCCUGAGAUGGUUGAAGCCGUGAGAGAGCAAUUGUCACAGUUGUGCCCAGAGAUUAUCCUGUUCUUAUCGAAGUUAAAGCGACUAUCUGUACAUGACUAUGAUUCUGAAGUAGCUGAUAGGGUUUCAAGCUUUCUUAUAGCUAGUGUGACUAAAAACAAGGAGGUUUCUUCACGUGUGGUUCAACUUUCAAAGAAAAACUUGGAUGAUACUGAGGAAUUAUGCGAUUAUUACUUGUGGGAAAAGGAAUUUCCAGUAAAACCUGAGAAUAGAUUUGGUGUAAGGAUGGAUGUGCAGAGCUGGGUGAUUACCAUUGCUUUCCCAUCUGGAGAAAGGAUGAGAAAUGCAACUUCUUCUGUUGGUAUAUUCGCUUUCCUCCCCACGACAAUGGUCACAGACUUCCCGUUUUUAAUUCAAGCUGACUUCAUUCUUAAUUCAUCACGAGAUUCUAUACUGUUGGACAAUGUAUGGAACUUGGGGAUUCUCAAUUGUAUCCCAUCAGCAUUUGUGAAUGCCUUUCAGUCUCACUCCUUGUGUUAUCCAGUGGGCAAGAUAUUUGAAUUUUUACCUGCUCAAGCUUCAUCAAUUCCCAAGUUUAAAGACUUAAGAGAGUCCAUUAGAGCUGAAUUGCAGAGUCUAAUGAUAGUGCCUUGUGAUGUUAUUGAGGGUAUGUCUUCCUCUGCAAGGCCUCAAGAGGCAGUUCGCGUCCUUCCAAACUUCAGGGACCUAGUGGGUGGAUUUAAAAUAGAAGGUUAUGUUUUGAGCAGUUCAUCAAUAUAUUUACUGAGGAGGGUCUUGCAUCCAUCUCUGGACCUUGAAACAUACAAUGCAGUUCUGGAGUUUCUAGGUGUGGAAUGGGCGAACGACCAUUGGUAUACUGAAUGCAUCCGAAGGCUCUGCAGCUCAAUUGAUGAAAAGGUUACUGGAGCUGGCAUUAUUUCAUUGCUAAAGUGCAUCAAGAAUCUGACGUUAAGCUCUCCUGAUGAUCCCUUACUGCGGGACUUAACCAACAGCAUUGCAGGAAGAAGGUGUUUGAAGACCUUGGAUUGGACAGAUCCGUAUAAAACACCAGAAGAAUCUAUUCUGUUUGAUCCAGCCUGGGAAAAUAUUCUGGAUCGGACAAUGUUACCAACCAUUGAUGAGAAUUUUUAUGGAACUGAUAUUCUUGUAUACAAGAAUCAGUUACGAGAUAUUGAUGUGAAGGUAGAUCCUUUGAGUGUUUGUUCUCUUCUUUAUGGGAUUUUUUCUAAGCUGGACGGCACUUAUUUUGAAAAUACUUUCAUAAAAAGAAUUUACACCUUCCUGAACAAGUUCCAAUGGCGUCCAGAAGAGCCAGAUGGAACCAAAAUUUUUAUAGAUACUGAUGAUUAUGAUUGGGUUGACCCUGAUGCUUGUGUACUUCAUGGUGAUCCAAAUCUUAGGCGCAACACCUAUUCGCUGGAUGAAUAUUAUGAUGAAGAGCUCCUCCCCUUGUUUUCUUCAGUCUUUGGAGUCAAAGAGAAGCCCUCCAUUGAUGAUUACGUGGGUUUCUGGAAUGAAUGCGAUGCAGCAGUGAUGGGCCAAGACCGCCAAAUGGCUCUGGUAGAAUCCUGGUGCUCCUUCUGGAAGUAUGUUGUAGACAACUGGAAUCCAAACUUUGAAGAGUGUCUAAGACAGAAGUUGACUAAAUUACCUGCCACAAAGUCAACAUCUGAGAAAAUAUAUCUGAUCAACAGGACAGAAGUAUUCCUUGCUGAUGAUUUGCAACUGAAAAAACUUUUCUUGAGCUAUGAUGAGGCUCCAUUGUUUGUGUGGUGUCCCCCAAGCGAUUGUUUGUCUCCGAUAAGACUUUAUGAGAUAUAUGAAUCCCUUGGAGUGAGAAAGGUUUCUGAAUCUGUUGAGCGCAAAGAGAAUAUGUGCGGCGGACUAGGUGAAGUAAGGGCGAUAUAUGGAUUGAUUGGCAGGGGUUUAAUCAAGAUUAUUCUGGGUUUUCUUGCUGGUUGGCAGGUGUGUAUGCCAUUGGAAGAGAGACAAUAUGCUGCAUCUUCAGUUGUCCAACUUCGAACGUACAGGAUUAACAAACCAUAUCAAUUCCUUUACCGACUAAUGCGUUCUGGAAGUCCAGCAGUGGAAGUGAGAGUAGCGAAGCUAGUUUACUGGAUGAAGAAUUCUAAGCAGUUGUUCAUUGAUAAUUCAGGGUACACAAAUGGAAAAUCUGAUCUAGAAUUUGUUGCAGCUUUCGCUGACGAACUUGCUGAAGGACUGUUAGUGCAGGCAAGACAUUAUGCAGCAAGAGAAACAUUGAGCCGGAUUAUCCAAUUUGGGUUUCUGAUUGAUUUUGAUGAGGAAAAAGUGGAUGGUAUGCUGAUCAGAGAAAACUUACAGUUGUCUGUGGAAGAUCAUGAGUUUGUUGAUGCUGCUGCCUUCCCCUCAUCAACCGAACCUGGUCCUGUUUGUGGAAAGCGGCCAUCUAUGGAGAGAGAUCAAUCAGGCCCUUCCACAUCAACUUCUUCAAGCAAGAAGCUGCGUUAGUUCUUGGGUUGAACCUGGCUCCUUCAUUGGUUAAUGACUUGGAUUAACAAGUUAUCAGGCCAUGAAGUUCAUUUUGAUAUAUUUUGGUAUGAUAUAUCAUAUAUCCCUCAUGUAUAUGCGGAGGAUCUGUUGCCUAACAUGUAAAUGGUUUACAUUUUAGUGUAAAAUGAAUAUCCCUGUAGUUGGGCAUGCUAUAUUUUCUUUGCUAAUUGAAGGACUGAUGACUUCUCUUACUUUGUGCAUGUCUAUUCCAGUGGAUGAAUUCAAAAAUAUUGAUGAAGUUUCUGCACAAAAACUGAUCUGGAGAGUAACUAUUGAAGUUUAAGAAUUUUAGUUUCUCUAUUAUUUUGAUUGUCCUUUACAUUGAUAUCCUUGCAUUGAAACCUACCUGCACUGAGUAUUUGGAUUGACAGUAGAGUGCAUGAAGAUUUUCUGUUUUUCAUUUUCAAUGAUUGUGGUCUGAAGCUUAAACCUGCAACUGAGGCUAUGACUUAAAUUGUGUAAUUCUUACUACUCUGCAACUUUAUGUCCAUAUUCAUUGCCUA